AUGAUCGCCGUCGAAGCCAACCUGGCCCUUGACCCUAUGCUCAUGUUCAAAUGUUGCUUCAACAGCACCUCUUGCCACUAUGAUUGGAGACCAUUAUCUCGAAUCGGAGAUUUGAGCCACCUUAGGGUUGCAACUGUCCCCCACAAACGAAGCUCGUGGACCCUGCGGCGGCAUUCAACGGUCAUCGCACUCUAUUGGAUUUUCGACCCUCCAUGGCAGCAGACCGACGAUGCCUCGGCCGCAGAGAGACUUUCAAUGUCCGCAGCACCCUUCCAAAAGAUGAGCUAUCGUUUGCCCUGUGCGCUUUCGGCCGCGGGAGAACUCGCAGGUUGCACGAAAUCAACUGCCAUGAGAACCGACUUUUGGCGCUUGAGAUUUAGUAUAUCGAAAGUUUUGCACUUCCUUAGUCCAUUCCACCAAGUCCCUUAUGAUGCAGGUCCAGAAACAGGACCUGGAAUCAGCAAGACUUACUGCUGCGAUCAGAUCGAGUCACAGCGCAGAGUAUCCUGA